AUGCAGCCGCCUCCGCGCCGCACAAUCGAAGACCUUACACCUGAAGUGUUCGAUGAUAUACUGUUCAGAGCCGCCCCGUGGGCCUACGAUACCGUCACCUUAUGUUUGGUACGCAAAAGCUGGAACGCGCGCUGCCAACGCCCUGCAAUGUGGAAGUAUAUAUCUCCACGAUACCCCCCUCUCCUCCUUAGCAACGCGGUCACGCGAUCCGCCCCUCUGUCUCUCCGAAUCUACAUACAACGGAAGGACAGAGAAUUCCCUGAAGGACUACGCCGCGUAGUCGAGGUCAUUCAAAAACAUCUCCACCGCAUCGAGAGCAUCAAAUGCGAUAUCUCGGCCGACCCUUUGAUCGAUGCGUGCACAGAGAUCGCCUUUCCCGACAACGCGUCGGCAGCGAACCUUCGCGAGCUGGAUAUCGACUUGUUUGAGAACAACGCGCUCUGCCGCGCACUCGAAGAAGCAUUCACUCGGAUGCCCGAUCUCAGGCUAGCUACCCUCAAGUGUAUCGGGGAAUUGACACUAGAUUCCUAUGCGAUGUGGGAAGGUUCCCGGCUACAGCGCCUCACACUGACCGAGGUAAUCUGCCCCGCCUUACCCACGUUCAUCAAACACCUCAACGCUUGUCCGUGUCUCGAGGAUCUCUCCAUAGAUUGCGAAGCCUUCGAAAUGUCCGAUUCCGAUACAACCGAGCCCCGCCGUCUAACUCCCGUCACGCUACCCAAACUGGCUUACUUGUCCGUGAGCAUGAUGCCCCAUGACAUGACCGACUUCUUAAACGGCUUGACACUCCCUGCCCUCAGAGGGAUCCACAUGAACCUUCGCGUCAACGAGGAAGCCGACGACGACGAGGUGCCGAACGGCAACACCCUACACUUGGGCGAACCUCAUGUCAUGCCCCUCAUGAAGUCCAUCUCGCGCAUCAUCACCAUCCCGUUACAACAACGCAACUGUUCCAACAUCUACUUCGGAGAGGCGUUGAUGAUACACGGAACAGAGGCCUUCACUAGACCCCGCGACAACAUAGCCGGGUUUUGCAUCUUGCAUCUCGAGUUUCACAGCUCACUCGAACGACUUUCUGGGCUGAUAGACUUUGCGCGAGAUAUCAUGUUCUCGACCAUCGCCAACUAUUCGACCAUACGAACCAUCAACAUAUCGGUCCCGGCUGUAACCAAGACUGGCUGGACCGUCGAAAGACACUACCCUUACGGCUGCUCCCGCGCAAACUUCGGAAAGAGGGAGAGCGAGAUUGUCGCUGCCAUAUUCACGCCGCUGACCUGGUCCACUGCAAAGGACGGCGCGUUGCCGUCCCUUGCGUCGAUUAAUCUACGCUGCGUGUCCGACGCCCUGCGGCGCACGGCUACGCGUUCCGUGUCCGAAUGCCUCGCGCUUUUCCGCGCUAAAGCGAACCACGACAUCGAAUUCAAUCUCUCGAUCCAAAUGCUUCGAGCUGACCCAAUGGGUGACGGCAAGUACCAAGAGCGUGGAUGGAUGGACCUACUCUCAGACGUAGACGAAAGACGCAACUGGGCACUUGAUCCGCCGCCGCGGCCCGAGCUCGAGGACCUGCACAUACCCGGAGUCGUCACCAACAUCACAUGGGUAGGUUAG